CCAUUUCGUAAUUUUCGUUGAUGCAGGUUCUGCCUUCCGGUCAUAAUAUAUUCCUCCUCAGCGAUGUCGGCGGAUAUCUCCGUCGCCUGACCGUUAGAUUAUUAUUUUCUCUUGCUCUUCUGUUUAUCUCGGGGAAGCUGCUCUCUCGCGCCGGAUGAGUGGUCUAUUGUCUUAAGCAUGAAUGACUCAGUCCCUGAAUCCGUGGAAGACAAUGGUAACUCAGUACUUGCUGAUCAUAAUGUGAAUGGAUCAUUAGUAUUGCCUGAUGAUGAUCAUGAGGGUGUUGGAUCACCUCAACGAUCAAACAACGUUGAUCAUUUUAUCAGGGUUGAGUCUCCGGCUGGAUCAGUGCCUUUGACGAGAAAAGGUUUCGGUUUGAAGAAAUGGAGAAGGAUCAAAAGAGAUGGUCCUGUGAAGGACGACGCUGCUCCUGUUGAUGAUGGUAGUAAGUUACUGAAGCGUAAUUUGACUGGUUUGGUGAAUCCUCCUUCUAAACAUGUGGACUUGUCUUCAGUUGAAGCAAGGCAGAGUAGUGAAGGCUCUGUUGGAUCUGUGAAUAUGGUGCAUCAUCAUCAUCAUCCAGGUGUAGUCAACGGGUUUAGUCCUGAUCCUGAUUGUAUCUUUACUGUUGGCCAAGCGUCUGAGAACAGCGAAGAGCAUAGUGGUAAUGCAAUAGGUACAAAGAAUGCAGUAGGAGGGAAGAUUGUUUCAGGUAGGCAAGGAAAAAUCUGGAGUGAUACUGUGAAGAGUGAAGAGCGGGUGAAUAUCGAGAAGGAAAAGCCUUGUUCGAGCAUGGAUUCCGACUUGAGAAGUAGUGAUUUUGUAUUUUCAAGUGGCACAGUUUCUGUUGCUAACCAAGGAGAGAAAUAUGAGAGAUUGAUGAUGAAUCAUAUUGGGGGAUAUAGCAAAGAAGGUCAACUUAGGGAGGAAGUUCAAACAUAUAGCCGAAGCGAAAAUGGGUAUAAUGGAGAAGAUCAGAGUAAGAAAAACAACAGUCAUUGGACCGACAAGGAUCCACUGGCAGAUUCUAUCAGAAGUUUUGCAGCUCUGCAGGAAGCUCUUUGGAAAGAGGUUCAAAAUUUACAGGCACUGGAUAAGGAAUCUAUACCACUACGUUCGAACGCUGAUGGACUGAGCUCAUCAGACCAGCCAAGAAAUGAAAAUAGUAGAGAAGAUAACUCAACAUCCUCAGGAUCAAAGGCACUAAUCUUGAAGGAGAAGGUAAAACAUCUGGAACACAAAAUCGAGGAAGCAAGAGCUGCUCUGGAGGAAAAGGAAGCCAAGAUCCAAGAGCUCGAAAACUCGAUAAUGGAGUCUGAACUCGAAGGCAUUGUCCAGAGAAAAAUCGAAGCCGAAAUCGAGCAUUUGAUGCUCACAAAAUCUCUGAGUUCUCUACAGUUACCCCAAGAACCUAAGAAGUUACAUUCUUUGACAGAAGAUCCCGAAUCAAACCGUGAAGUCAUCUUAGGAAAGACAUGUAGGAUCGGGAUCUAUAUAUCGACACAAUUGAUCUUGCUUGUCUCCAUACUUUGGUUUCUCGUCCGUCAAUACUCUCCUGCUUCACGAUUAGCUAUACCAACUUGAAAUUUUUGGUCUUGUUGUUGUGGAAUUAUCAAACAUUUUUGUUUCUACAGAUUUGCAUUUUUUGUAAUAUUAAUAAAUGUCUCUUUACCACA